AUGAAACCAAUUGGUAAUGGAGUAUAUGGAGGAGGAAUUGGAAGCACUGACAAUGACUAUACUACUGCUUCCGACACUGAAAACAAACCAGCAUAUGGAGGCGGAUUUGGAUCAAAUAGCAUGACUGGUUUUGGACCUACAGGAAUUGGGUCCCGAACCGAUACACAAAAUAGAAUUGGUACAUAUGCAGGAGGUGGUAUUGCCAGUCCUUAUGCACAACAAAAACAAGCUCAAUCACAACAAGGAGGUGGCUUUUUAGCAAACUUGUCAAACCUUACCACUUAUAUCCCAACAUUUGGAAAAGGUACUACAAAAGAGACUCACGGUUUGAACGGCUCAGAUUUUCCAGGGCUUAUUUCUAGCUCUGAAUACGACCGUGAUGGAGGUCAAGGUACUUACGUUGGAGUAGUUCUUCCUCCAGGAGGCUCUGCUGGACUAGGAUCUGGAACCUCCUCUUCAGGAAGAGGCAAGUGGUUGAAUGAAUCACAAUCCACUUCAUCUACACAAAAAGCUGAUACAUCAGGAGAGUAUGAAUCAAAGAUUGUAAAUGAAUUUACCAGUCAUGGCGGAGUUAAAAGAGCUGCUCCUAGCAGAAAAGAAAGCUCGGAUUUUGCGCAAAAAUGCAGCACUUUGGACAUUUUACAAGUGGUUAAAUUGUUGGAUGUAAAAUUGGAUGAUCAUGAAUGGGUUACUAGAUUGAAGGCUCUUCACGGUAUUGAAGCACUUCUCAAAACAGGAAACAAAACUGUAAUGGACUACUUCUCUGAAAAUUGUGAAAAUAUUCUGAAACAGUCCGAAGCAGUACAGGAAACAAUAAGACAACAAGCUGAAAAAGUUGCCAAAUUAUUGAACUUCAACGACAAUGACGACGAUGAUGAAUCAAAUUAUGGCCCUACUUUGAUUGAAGGUUUUCAAGAAAUGUCUGUAUCAAGUGGAUCCAAGUCACAACAGAGAAAACCUGUUUCUUUUGUUUCUGAUCCUUCAACAUCAGAUGCUGACAGUCUUCUUGGAAUUGCAACAACUACAGCUGAUAAUUCGGAUGACAUCUUUGGAGGAUUUGACAUUUCUUCUGGAAAAUCUUCAGAAUCCACUAAACCCACAAGCACCUCAACAAAUAGACAACCAUUGAAAAAGAGCGUAUCACCUUCUGUUUCCAACAACAACAGCAACAACAAAUCUACCAGUACAGCCACACCAUCAUCUCCACUCGACCUCGACUUUUUACUGAGCUCAGCACCUCCAGCUACACCAAAUCAGACCAACAAGACACCAACUCAACAACAACAACCGACUGUUUCUCCACCGUUCUUUGCAACAACAUACCCAUAUCCACAGACCGUCGUUCCACCAACAGCCUAUCCAUACGGUGUACCAUAUCAAGUGGUUUAUGCAACUGGACCAGUAGUACAACAACCAAUUGUACAACCAAUAAUUGCAACAAAACCUCCUUUCGGACAUACAUCACCAUUAACCAAGACAAUGCCUCCACCAAUAUUACCACAAUCAUCACCACAACACAUGUCACCUAGUAGUUUUGGAUUCAUAUCCGAGCCCGCUUCUACUAACAAGCAAGAGCAUGACUCGUUUGAUUUUGUUAAGGAGGCCUACCUCAAAUAA